CAAGAAAAACUAGCCAUCCCUUUAUAACUCGUUACUCAACUGUCAAGACCGACCCCAACCUCAACCUACCCAGUUGUAGAGGACACGAGGACGGUGAACUGUAUUCCCAGACAAAAUAAUGCAUCCAUCAUACACAUCAUCCAUUUUAAUUUUUUAGAGAGAGAAACUGAUUUUUUGACAGAGAAUGCAAAACUGAGAGGUGAAGAACUGCAAACGCCGCGUACUCUACUUUGUAGAUUUUAUCCAACUACUGCAAUUCUUUGUUUAUCUCUAACCUUGAUCUUCACUCAAUUUGGUAAAAACUUCGAAACGUGUGGUUUGCUAGAUGAGAUAAACUUAUAUGGAGAAGACGUGACCGUGCCGUAAUACUGGAGCUCAGAACUGAACAGGCAUCCACAGAGCUAAUUAUGAUUAAUUAGAUAUGGGGUGUUUUGCAUCAACUCCAAAGGAGGCUGGUGGAAAUAGAAGGCGGCCGAGCAAUAUUGGGGAUGUCUCAGUCUUCGUUCCCGGGCUACGAAUUCCUAAACCUGUAGAUUUCUCUCAGUGCCUUGGCGAUCAUGUAUCAAAAACUGUUGUAGAUCGUUUGUCUGCUCUCAGAACACAAAUUGUUGUAAUGGUUGGCCAUGAAGCCCUUACGGUCACGAGAUCAAGAAGAAAAUCUGCUACCCAACAUGGAGGUUCAACGUUAGCCGAUCUUCAGCAAGCCCUUGAAGAUUACUUGCCAGUUCUGCUGGGAUUAGUUAAAGAUGGAAGCCCUUUACAACACAAGAUACAAUUUUCCUGGGUUAAUCAGGAGGAUGGUGCAGAGGAAACUGCCAUGUCCAAUGCUUGGUAUGAGAUAUUGUCUGUCCUGCAUUUGAUGGCAAUGCUAUCAUUAUCACAAGCCAACCUGUUACUGCUCCCCAGAAUAUCUGCUGAUGGUUAUCAGCCAAAGGUUUCAGACGAAAGUAGGCGUGCUUCUGUUGAUGUCUUCUUGAAGGCAGCAGGAUACCUUGAUUGUGCAGUCCGCCAUGUUUUUCCACAGUUUUCUGCCGAAAUGAGGAGAAACUUGCCAGUAGACCUGGCUGAAGGAGUUAUACGGGCUCUUUCCCUGCAAGCAUUGGGCCAGGGUGUAGAUAUCCAACUGGGGAUGGCGAUUGAUAGUGCUAAAGCUACGCUUGCUGUUAAGCGAAGGCUUGCAUGUGAAAUGGUGAAAUACUGGCAACAGGCACAAGAUAACAUAAUGAAUUUACCAUUAUCUAAUGGAUGGGGUGAAAAGCAUCAGUUGUUUGUUAAGUGGAAGUAUGUUGAAGCCAAGGCUGCUGCUUAUUAUUAUCAUGGCCUCAUUUUGGAUGAGGGGAACACAGAGAAAUCGCAUGGGAUGGCUAUUGCUGCUUUGCAAGCAGCUGAUGAAUAUCUUAAGGAGAGUAAAAAAGCAUGUGAAGCAUUUAACAUGGCUCCUCCUCAAUCAAGAAAUACAUUAUCAUGGGGGACCAUGAAGUAUCUGUCUGAAAAAAUUCCGAAAGACACCGCUAGCAAAGUGCGGAUCAACCGGGACUUGUAUACACAUGAAAAAAUCAUUGAGACUGCACCAACACUGCCUGAUUUUGCUUUGGCACUGAAGCCUGAUGAAUAUCAACUACCUGCUGUGCAUUCUUGUUGGAGUGGAGAGAGUAUAAAUGCGGUGUAACAAGGUGCGAAGCAGCUUUACAGUCAACAGCAUAUACUUGAUCAGCAAACUAUCUCCCAUCUCAGAAUCUACCUCUCCAGUAAUUUUAUCUGUCAAGUUGAGAAGUCAAACCUUCCUAGAUUGUAACAUUAUUUGUUGUGUGUAAUCUAAAUACAUAAUUUCUUUACGUUUAAUCCCUUAAGUUGACAGCAGUUCCUCAUUUUGUGCACCAACCUGCCAACAAAAUCGUGUAUAAUUGUAUAAAAUCAACAGUUGGAGGACGUCUUUCCUAUUCAAUAUUGGAAAAUAAUGUGCAUUUUUUCUGUUUCAAA